AUGGCCAAACUGGCAGUUGUUUUGUGCAUGGCCGUUCUAUUGGCCACCGUGGAGCAUCGUGUUGAAGCAACUGUGGUUAGGUUGUUGACCGAUUUCAUCCAGAAUAACGUCGCGGGUAUUCCGUUGAUCCACAAAACCGAGGAGUACGAUUUCGAUCCGGAGAUUAGCAAAAAACGUCGGGAGCUGUACUAUGAGCUUCACGGAUACCGAGGGGAAAAAGUAAUCGAACGGCUCGGUCUCGGCAUUGACGGUAAACACCAUGAACGAUUGGCGCAUCAGAGGCAGCGCGACGAGGGACAUCUGCAGGGCCUCAACUAUCUGCAGCCGUAG